UCCGAGUGCAACGAGUUGCAUCCUUCCCCAGUGGAUUUUCGUGCUCACUUUCCAAAAAUUUGGGGAUCGAGAGAUGGCGGAGGGGCGGAAGCAAGGCUUCACCAACUUCGAGCUCGCCUGUAGCUUCCUGAGCCAGUACAUCAAGGAGAAGGGCAGCGUCGCCGACCUAGGGAUCGGGAUCGCCCAGGACGCCACUAAGGGCAACUCCCAGUCGUUUCGGCCGCCGCCGGCCACCAUUUGUUUGUUGCCCGGAGCGGACAUCUCCGGUGGAGAGGACUGCGAGAAGGAAAGCGAAGGGGAAGUAGCUUCCCAUGAGAACCCGAUGGAGCUCUUUCCCCGGCGUGCCGGAUUCAUUCCCUCCGUAUCACAGGGUUCAAGGGGGGAAGAAAAAUCCCAACUUUCAAUUUUCUACGGUGGAAACGUGCUGGUGUUUGACAAUUUCCCAGCCGAGAAAGCCAGGGAUCUGAUCCGGAUAGCAAGCGAAGGGAGUUCCGCUGCUCAAAACUUUAGCUACGUUCCUCCUGUGACAGCCUCAAGUUCCCUCUCUCGUCAAAGCUCGACCUUGGUCAAUCAGCCAAGAUCAGCAGAGCCAAAUCUCUCAGAUCUUCCUAUUGCUAGAAAAGUUUCACUGCAACGAUUCCUGCAGAAGAGAAACUACCGGAUCAAUGCGAGAGCACCGUACCAAAUGAUUCCAUCUCCUCGAAUGGCCACUUCUGUUAACCAGGAGAACCGCAAAGCAUGGCUUGGCUUGGGCACUAACCUCUUCACUCCCAGUCUCAGUCUGAGCUCUGAGUAUAGCAGAUAGGCCUGCUUGUGUCGAGUUCAGUUUCACAUGCUUCUCACCUUGAAGCAAAGUGCUCAGAAAAUCUUCGAUUGCUUCUUUUUUUGAGGAACUUGUCUUCCUUUUCCAACAAGUUGCAUCGAUUUAGAUUUUCUGUGUUCUUGUUUUUAAAGCUGUAGCUCAUGCAGCAUAUCAGAAAUCUAGUUACCAUUCAUAUGUAUCAGCUACUGUCUGAUCUUACCGCAGAGUGAAGUUGUUUUAUGUGUAAAACUCUGGAUUCAGCUAUUUGAUUUUUUCCACAAACAGUUAUUCUCUACAUAAAUGACUAUUUCAUCGAACCUUUCAAACUUCAUCUUUGCUGUGCGUUGCGAAAGCCAUACUGAUGACUAAUCUCAGUCAACUUCAAGCACCUUAAAUCUACUUUUCUAAGGCUUUUUACUCUGCUUCGUAAUUGCUUCUUCUAAGGCUCAAAACCAUGUCUGACACUGACUUCAAACCUUCCUCUUUGACCUGAGCAACGAGCUGAUAUCACAAUGCUUUAGGAUCAACGGACUGGAGCUGCAUAUCCAAAAACCUGCAUGUGUUUAAUGGGGAUUGAAUGCAACACCGAACUAGUCUUGCCUUCUUUCAGAAGCUACAACUGAGUCAAAGUUUGGUGGCUUGCUAUUUCUACUGAAUGCCCAUUUUCUGGAGGAAUCAAAUUAGUUCUCGACAUGUGCAGCUUGCUUAAAAAUGGUAGG